UCGGAUCGCCCCGGGGGUCGCGGCGAACAUGGCGGACGUGCUGAGCGUGCUGCGGCAGUACAACGUGCAGAAGAAGGAGAUCGUGGUGAAGGGCGACGAGGUGAUCUUCGGCGAGUUCUCGUGGCCCAAGAACGUGAAGACCAACUACAUCAUCUGGGGGACUGGUAAAGAUGGCCAAGCCAAGGAGUACUACACACUGGACUCGAUCCUGUUUCUGCUCAACCAUGUGCAUCUCUCGCAUCCUGUGUACGUCCGGAGGGCAGCGGCAGAAAUCAUCCCCGUCGUUCGACGUCCCGACAGAAAAGACCUCUUGGCCUACCUCAAUGGGGAGACAGCCACUUCUACCAGCAUUGACAAGAGUGCCCCUCUGGAGAUAGGCCUCCAGCGACCCACGCAAGUAAAAAGAGCAUCUGAAGAUACGAGCUCUGAACCUAAGAAACCCCGGCUUGAGGAUGCAGAGCGCGUACGCCUGGACAAGGAGCGUCUGGCUGCCCGCCUGGAAGGAUACAAAGAGGUCAUGGUCAACACCGAACAGAUCCGCUCCCUCUCCGAAGCGAUGUCCGUGGAGAAGAUCGCGGCCAUCAAGGCAAAAAUCAUGGCCAAGAAGCGCUCGACGAUCAAGUCGGACCUGGAAGAGGACGUCGCCGGCCUGGAGCAGCGCAGCUUUGUGGACGCCGAGGUGGACGCGACGAGGGACAUCGUGAGCCGGGAGAGGCUGUGGAGAACUCGCACCACCAUCCUGCAGAGCUCCGGCAAGGAUUUUGCCAAGAACAUCUUCGCCAUCCUGCAAUCGGUGAAGGCACGGGAGGAAGGGAAAGCGCCUCAGGAACCACGGCCUGCCCAGCCUCUCAGCCAGCCACAACCCACGGUGAAGCAGUCCAUCCCGGCUGCCUACAACCGCUACGAUCAGGAGCGCUUCAAGGGGAAGGAGGAAACCGAGGGCUUCAAGAUCGAUACGAUCUCCACAUACCACGGCAUGACCCUCAAAUCUGUGACGGAAGGAGCUUCUGCCAGAAAAACGCAAGUUCCUGCCGCCCAGCCUGUGCCCCGACCCGUCUCCCAGGCGCGACCUCCACCCAAUCAGAAGAAAGGGUCGAGAACGCCCAUCAUCAUCAUACCCGCAGCCACCACGGCGCUCAUCACGAUGCUCAACGCCAAGGAUCUGCUGCAGGACCUCAAGUUUAUGUCGACGGAGGAGAAGAAGGGGGCUGGAUGUGUCCGGGAUAACGAGGUGCUUAUCCAGCGGAGGAGAGAGGCCGGGGCUGCCGGAGGCGCUGGCACCGUACCCUACCGCGUCAUUGACCAACCGCUCAAGCUCACACAGCAGGACUGGGAAAGGGUGGUGGCCGUUUUUGUCCAGGGCCCUGCCUGGCAGUUUAAGGGAUGGCCCUGGCUUUCUCCAGAUGGCUCACCUGUUGAUAUAUUCGCAAAGAUCAAGGCGUUCCACCUGAAGUUUGAGGAGGAGCGGUUGGAUGCCAACGUGAUGAAGUGGGAUGUGCAAGUGCUGGAGCUCAGCCGACACAAGAGACAUCUGGACCAGGCUGUGCUCUUGAGCUUCUGGAAUACGCUUGACCAGUACAUGGUCAAGCACAAGACACAUCUGAGGUUCUAAAAUUCCUGAGACCUGGACCAACCUGACAUGAAACAAAUUUUUGCAUCUCUGUUUUUGUGCGUGCGUGUAUAUGUAUGAAGGUCUGUGUGCGCGAGUGCGUGUGGCUCUGUGUAAUUGCGUCUGUGUUUUCGCGCGUAUAUGUGACCCACCGGCGUGUUUGUGUGCGAGUCUGGACCUGUGUGUACUCCACUUGUGUGAGCACUUGGCCGAAGCUCUACACCCUGUGGUGUCCGUGUCCACACAUUUGUACUUGGAUUGAACAUAGCCAGGCUACAGUGUAACAUCCGGAAGGCCUAACCACCAGUGACAAAGCAUUUACGGAGAACGCCCAAACAACUGUAGAUCUCCUUGCAACAGUUCCGUUGAUCAUAGUUACAGAAAGCCGUCUUUUGGAACGGGAGGACUUGUAUCCCCAACAAUCCAUACUUGUGACGAGAAUUGACAAACAUCAGAUGCUGCACACUGGGAUUUUAAGUCAUGAUCACAAUGCCUUCGUGUAAGAAUGAUUCCCAAAAAAAAUAACUGUACAUUGUUUAAAUUACUGGUAUAGCAAACAUUUAGACAUUGAAUAAAAAAAGAAAAA